CUUCCCGGAGUUGGGAAAGGGGUGUGGUUAUAUCUUUUCCUUGUCUUCGCUGAGCAAGGGGAUCCCGUGCGACCACCUGGUCAUGAUGCAGGGCUUUCCCGCCAUCCCCGAGGAGAUCAGUAACUUCCUUGCAGAUGUUGACACAUUCAUAUCAGAUAUCCUAAAAGGUGAAAAUUUAUCCAAAAAAGCAAGGGAAAAGAAAGAUGUUUUGGUUAAGAAGAUGAAAGACAUCAGGUCCAACUACCCACAAGAAUUUCCUGAAAGAGGAGAUUAUGAAGAUGGGGAAGAGAAUGAAAGGUUUUGUCCUGUUGUUCCUGACAGUCUCUCUCUAGCAUCUGACCGUUAUGAUAAAGAGGAUGAAGCUCCUUCUGAUGGACAUCAGUUUCUUCCUAUUGCGGCACAAGAUCUUCCAUUUGUUUCAGUAUCUGGAUAUUUGGAAAAACGUAGAAAAGAUCACAGUUUCCUUGGCUUUGAGUGGCAAAAACGUUGGUGUGCUUUGAGUCGAACAGUCUUCUACUACUAUGGAAGUGACAAAGACAAACAACAGAAAGGUGAAUUCACUAUAGAUGGCUACACCGUCAGAAUGAAUAAUACCCUUCGGAAAGACGGAAAGAAAGAUUGCUGUUUUGAAAUCGCUGCUCCUGAUAAACGCAUUUAUCAGUUUACAGCUGCUACUCCCAAAGAAGCUGCAGAAUGGGUAGAGAGGCUGAAAUUUGUAUUACAAGAUAUGGGAUCUCCAAAUAUUCCAGAGGAGGAAUAUGAUGACAUUGAGGAAAAUUCCAUAUCUCCUUCUCAACCAGGAGUAGAAUUUAUAGCUGAUGACAUUUAUGAAGAGCUUCCAGAAGAAACAGCAACAGUACCUGAAACGCCAGGAAAGAGUGAGGAACCAACCAAACAAAGUCAGGAUGCUGUAAGCAGUAUUUCAGGCAAUAAAAAAACCGAUUAUGUUAAUUUCUAUCAAGGUUUAUGGGACUGCACUGGGGAUGUUCCUGAUGAGCUGUCAUUCAAACGUGGUGAUGUUAUCUACAUUCUCAGUAAGGAGUACAAUAGAUUUGGCUGGUGGGUAGGAGAAAUGAAAGGAACCAUUGGCUUGGUGCCUAAAGCCUACAUAAUGGAGAUGUAUGAUAUUUGAGAGGAAAGACCAGGCUGAUUCUGCAAACUGGAAGCCAACUAGUAGAGGUUGUAAAGAAGCUAUAGAGAUCUACAUGAAAUGAAAGACUGGGAAGAUACAUUUUUACUUUUGUUUUGCUAUUUGCUUUGACGCUCUUUAUUAUGGUAUACAGUUAUUUAGGGUUGUAUUUAUUACUCACUUGGUAAAUGAGCAUAACCUGAUUAUAUGCACUUGAAAUUUAAUGGAAGAGAACUGCAAUAAAUUUUUGAUGAUCAGCCUAAUUAAUUUCAAUAUGUGCAUCACAGAAGAUCUUUGCAAGAUUUUAUGCCUCUACUUGACAUAGUGAUACAUGGCAAUGGAUCUUUUCUGUAAACAUUGCUAUGACCUGCUUUUUCUUAACUGAAAAGGAAAAGCCUUUUCCUUCAUUUGCAUUUUAAUCUUAAACAUUUAAAUCACACGUGCACACACACACACACACACACACACAAACACACAUACAUGAUUUGACACUGUGAUAGCAUAUUGAAAUAUAUAUCUAUUUUUAAUAUAUUUGAAGGAGGUGUACAUUACACAUUAUAGUAUCAGUUCAUACAUAUUCUUAGGUACACAUUUUUUUUUCUUAGCAGAGCUUUUAGGAAUAUAAGUGCUUCUUCCAAAAACUUGUUUGAAUACUAACUUUGCUUGAUUAGUGGCUACUUCUACAUAGCUCUUUUGCUUCAAUUGCUUCACAGCUUUCUUCUUAGCUCAUCAUAUGGAAUGAUCAACAAUAAUAGAAAUUAUAUUAGGCUGCUAAAGUAAUUAAUGUAUUUGAUAAGUCCAGUAUAAAAUGCUAAGCAAAAUCCAUCUCUUGGUUUAUUCUGUUUAUUCUAAAAUUCCUCAUUUUUUUUCCUGUAUAGAGCGAGAAUUAUGUUGAUCCACAAACCCUUGCAGUGGUCCAAACUGCUUUUGUUUGCUUAUAAUAACAAAUUAUGAGAUAGGAAAAUUGAUAUUUGGGUGACUUGUAUUUGUAUUCUCUUUCCAUAUUUUGGCUGUCUCCUGGGAUCACCUCCAUCUGUAUGCUCAAGUUCUGCAGGUAUUAUGUUCUUAACCUCUUUUCCAGAUUGACAUUUUGAUUAAGUCUGACUAACUUAAAAUAAACAUCUCUCUGAAGUUCUAUUGUACUAUUUCAUCUGCAUCUCUCAAAAGAGCAGAACCAAGAAGGAUUCAGUGUUAAGUUUUUAUUUGGAGGGGGGCAGAGGCCAUAAAUUUCAAAAAAAAAUAUGUAUUGAUAUCAUAACUCAAUGUUAUUUUAUAUAUUUCCUGUUUCUAAAUUAAUGGUGGCUAAAGAUCAAGAUUAGACCGAAUUCUUCUAAAAUUAAUAUAGCUCAAAAUAUAAAAUGCUCAUAAGCUGAAAAAUUAAGUUGUUUUAAAAGGAUUCUACUCUAUCUUUCUAGUUAUCUUUUACUAUGCAUACAUGCAAAUAGUUUAUCAAAUAAUGAAGCUAUUAAUUUUCUGCAUAUAAUUCCAUAAAUAUAUUUUUUAAAAAACUAAAAACUUUACUCAUAGAAAGCUAAUAUGAUAAGGAGAAGGUUAAUUGGCGGAAUUGGAAAUAAACUCCCAUUGCAAUCAGAGGGAUCUAAAUGAAUCUAAUGUAGAUUGUGAUUUUAUGUGAACUUACAAGGAAAUAAAUCUUGUCUGCUUUUGAAGAAACAUGUAAAAGGUCUCACCAUUAAGUCUGUAUCCAAUUCAUCGCAGAGAAGGGUUUAAACAAAUCUCCCGUCAUUGCUUUCUAAAGUGGUAUAAUCCAGGAGCAGUUUUAGCAUGUGAUUAAUGAUUUUUUGUAUGCAUCAAGGCAUAAAAGCCUCUUUCAAUUGCAAUGUUUAUCUCAUGUUUUAUUGUUUUGGGGUUUUUUUACAAAUUCCAUUGAAGACUAUUGGCUAGACUAUUAUUUUAAGAACAUUCAUUGGUGAAUGAAGAAUUUUUUAGAAGGAUUAAUCAUUCUUCAAUUUUAUGGAUAUAACCUGACAUGCCUGAGAUGCAAUGAUAGUUGACAAAUAAGGAAUUAUAUCACUAUUCCAAAACGCUGUUAGUGCUAGAAAUAAUGUCAAUCUAAGAGUCUUUUGUAUUACCAAAGUUUGCCAGAAGAUGGCAGUAGACUUUCACGGCACAUGCUGGUGAGAAACCCAUCCCCCAGCCCCUUUUUGGGUGUUCAAAUGAUUUUUUUGCAACUUAAAAUAUCUGGAGAAUUUCUUUCCCUUUUUCAUUUUAAUCCAGGAGAGGGAGUCCUUAGCCAAGUGAUCAAUGACAAACCCUAUUGAUUGGAUGAUGUAGGCAGCAGUGAUUUUUUGUUCUCUUAACCUUCCUUUCAUGUACUAGCAAACACACCAUUCACAGUGCAGACAUUUCAAAGAUACUAUAUUCAUACCUUUUAACUAGACAUACUUUAAUUUAAACCAGUAAAAAUAAAAGGAUGGGCAUAUUUGUUUAUGAAGGCUGGACAAAUGCCAUAAUCUGGGAGAAGGGAGAAGAGGGGCUGAAAAAAAACACCCCAUUAAUACGACCCAUUUGGCAAUAUAUGCUAAUUGGUUUGUUCUCAUUAUUUACUUAUAUUUCCUUGUGUUUCUUUGCAAACAAGUUAUUUUGUAAGUCAUAUUUUGUGUAAUAUCUUGCUUAUUUGCUCUGUACUAUAUUUAUACUAUACUGCCAUUAGAUCCUAGAAUAACAUUCCAUGCUGCAAAUUUUUAAGGUUCAAAUAAAGUUUAAUUGUUUGCAAACUGU